UGGUCCGGCGGCUUCUGGGAUCUGUCAUGUGUCCCAGGUACUGCCUUACCAUUCACAAAGAGCACCGCUUCUUGCGCAUGCGCACUUGGGACCCGGCUGCCACGCACACUACAGAAGCCGGGAAGACAGCGCGCCGCUGGAUAGAGGGACAGGUACGGUCCCACUGCAGAGCUGAGCGGCCGGCCCGGUAUUCUGACACGGCGGCGGUGGAAAAUACCGGACCGGCCGCUCUAUAUUCGCUCCAUAAGACGCACUGACAUUUUCCCCCCUUUUUUGGUCAUCUGUACUGUCCGCAGUCUCUGGUCAUCCCUGUGCUGUCCGCAGUCUCUGGUCAUCCCUGUGCUGUCCGCAGUCUCUGGUCAUCCCUG